AUGCAACACUUCCUUAGGGCUUACUCAGGCAUCAAUCAACAAGACUGGACCAAAUGGUUACCAAUGACUGAGUUUGCAUAUAACAAUGCUGUACAUAGCAGUACUGGGAAGACACCCUUCAAAGCACUGUAUGGUUGGGAACCCACACUCACACCAUCAAAUGUGCCAACUGAUGUCCCUGAGGCAGAUGACCUAGCCCAAGCAAUGGAAGCCCAAUGGAAGGAAGUAGAAGCAGCCCUGCAACAUUCAAAAGCAUGCAUGAUGGCAGGAGAGGAAGGCAUACCCCUGGAGUUUGGAAUUGGAGAAGAAGCAUGGCUCAAUGCCAAAAACAUAAACCUAAGAACACUCAGGCUCCUAUCAAAAGUUAAAAGGGAUGACAAACACGCUUUUGAGAACUGUCUGCCACUGGUUACCAUUGAUGGGGAAGAGGAAUACAGGGUUGAGGGAAUCACAGAUUCUGAGGAACACAAUGGGAAAUGGUACUUCUGGGUCAAAUGGAAGGGAUACAGGUCCAAGGAAAACACAUGGGAACCCCAAGAAAACUUGAAAAAUGCCACAAAUCUUUUAGAAAAGUACAAAAAAGAAAUGAACAAGAAGGCCCUUGGCAUUGCCAAGGCCCUUAGAGGGGGGGCAGUGUUGUAG